AUGGCGCGCGCACGUGUGGGAUCGAUGGAUGGAGCGUUCGUGCCCAAGUUCAUGCAGAAGGACCCCAUUAUUUGGGAAGGAGGAACGCGUGUGGAGAAAGACCUCCUCGGAGAGCGCGAGGUGCCCAUCAACGCAUAUUACGGCGUGCAGACGUUGCGGGCCAUCGAGUGCUACAACAUCACUGGCAUUCGCAUUAAGAAUUUCCCCGAGUUCAUCAUCGCCCUCGCGCAGGUGAAGAAGGCCUGCGCCCAGGCCAACUACAAGCUGGGCCACCUGAAGCAAGAAGUGGCCGACGCCAUCUGCCACGCCUGCGACGAGCUCAUCGACCCAGAGAGCACUGCCCUGGGCGUGAACAAGGGGGCGGAGAUGCGGAGGGACUUCCUGGUCGACAUGGUGCAAGGUGGAGCCGGCACCUCCACCAACAUGAACGCCAACGAGGUCAUCGCCAACCGCGCCCUGGAGCACCUCGGCAAGAAGAAGGGCCAGUACGAGUUCUGCAGCCCAAACGACGACGUCAACAAGGGCCAGUCCACCAACGAUGCCUACCCCUCUGCCGCGAAAAUUGCCCUGAUCCUCAUGCACGAGGAUCUUGUGCAGGCGAUCUCCAAGUUGAGCUCCGCCUUCUUCGAGAAGGGACGGGAGUUUGCCGACGUAGUCAAGAUGGGCCGAACACAGCUCCAAGAUGCCGUGCCUAUGACGCUGGGUCAAGAGUUCAACGCCUACGGCACCACGAUUCGCUAUGACCUGGAGAGCGUCAAGAGUGCUGUCAGCAAAUUCACCACCACCAACCUGGGCGGCACUGCGAUCGGCACAGGCAUCGCGGCGGACAAGCACUUCUCGCAAGUGGUCGUCCAGGAGCUGCGGGACGUGACCGGCUUUCCGAUGGUCCUGGACGACGAUCUCAUCGAGGCGAGCUCCAGCGUGAGCUCCAUGCUGUUUUUCUCUGGCAUCCUGAGGCGCGUGGCGGUGAAGGUCUCCAAAGUCUGCAACGACCUGCGUCUGCUCGCAUCUGGACCCCGCUGUGGCCUGGGCGAGAUCAAUCUGCCACCGAUGGCCCCAGGCUCCUCCAUUGGAAGAACGAAAAACUGCACAAACAGAAGUUUCCGGAAUUCUUGGAUCUGUGUUGGGCUCCCCCGGCGGAGCCCCCAGCGCUCCGCGCGCGCUAGGGAGGGUGGUCCAGCGCCGAUCCAAGGCAUCCGUGCAGAGAUCCGGACGUUUAUGUCUAUGCAGUUGUUGCUUCUUCUAUCCAUCAUGCCUGGCAAGGUGAACCCAGUGAUCCCAGAGGUCAUGAACAUGUGUUGUUUCGACACAAUUGGGAACGACAUCACCGUCUGCUUCGGCGCCGAGGCGGGACAGUUGGAACUCAACGUGAUGGAGCCGGUGAUCAUCUACAAGCUCUUCACGUCUGUCCGCGUGCUGACCCGAGGUAUGAACAUCUUGCGCGAGCGGUGUAUAUCGGGCAUCACGGCGAACCGGGAGCGUUGCCACGAGAUGGUGCACAACAGUAUUGGCAUCGUCACGGCGCUGCUGCCUCAUAUUGGGUACAAGAAGUGCACAGAGGCAGCAGCUAAAGCUCUCAAGGAGAAGAGACCUGUCGCUGAUAUCGUUGUGGAGCUGGGCUACCUGGACGCGGCCAAGGUUCAGGAGCACCUGCAACCAGAGAACAUGUGUGGUCCCACCGCGAAGAAGCGGAAACUGUAG